CUCAUCCGAAGGGAGGAUGCGGAGCGCGUUGGCCGAGGAAGGAGGGCGUCGCCGGCGGAGACGACAUCACGCCGCCGGAGCAGCAGCAGCAGCGGACGCGGUGGCGGCAACGCCGGCGCGGGGACAGCUUCGCCGCCGGGCGCCCACCAGCGCUCACCAGCAGCUGGCCGCGGCCAUGCGGCGAGGCAUGUAGGCUGGGUGGUGGUGCGUGCCAUGGGCGAGACCCCGUCGAGGACCACGAGCGUGCCGCCUCCGGCCGCUGCGGGCGGCGGGCCGGCAUGGCGGCUCCGGCUGUCGGCGCUCAUCGUGGCGCUGCUCAGCUGGCGCACGCCGUGCUGCGCGGCCAACGCGGACACCAAGCGCCUCUACCACGACCUCAUCAACGGAUACAGCUCGCUCAUCAGGCCCGUGGGCAACAACUCGGACCGGCUCACGGUCAAGAUGGGCCUCCGCCUGUCGCAGCUCAUCGACGUGAACCUCAAGAAUCAAAUAAUGACAACAAACGUAUGGGUAGAGCAGGAGUGGAACGACUAUAAGCUCCGCUGGGACCCCGAAGAGUACGGCGGAGUGACUAAAGUCCACGUACCGGCUGAACAAAUCUGGCUGCCGGACAUUGUUCUUUACAAUAACGCUGAUGGAAACUACGAGGUAACCAUCAUGACCAAAGCCAUUCUCCAUUCGGAUGGCCUCGUCAUCUGGAAACCACCCGCAAUCUACAAAAGUUCCUGCGAGAUAGACGUGCAAUAUUUUCCAUUUGACCAGCAGACCUGCUUCAUGAAGUUUGGAUCCUGGACCUACGACGGAUACACGGUCGACCUGAAGCACAAGCACCAGCGCGACGAUUCCAACGACAUCGCGGUGGGCAUCGACCUGUCCGAAUUCUACCUGAGCGUCGAGUGGGACAUCAUGGCGGUGCCCGCGCGGCGCAAGGAGAAGUUCUACUCGUGCUGCGAGGAGCCCUUUCCGGACAUCACCUUCAACAUCACGCUGCGGCGCAAAACCCUGUUCUACACCGUCAACCUGAUCAUCCCCUGCGUGGCCAUCUCUUUCCUCUCCGUGCUGGUGUUCUACCUGCCCUCGGACUCCGGCGAGAAGGUCUCGCUCUCCAUCUCCAUCAUGCUCUCGCUGGGCGUCUUCUUCCUGCUCCUCUCCGAAAUCAUCCCGCCCACGUCGCUGGCCGUGCCCUUGCUCGGCAAGUACUUGCUCUUCACCAUGGUGCUCGUCUCCCUCUCCGUCUUCGUCACCAUCGCCGUGCUCAACGUCAACUUCCGCUCGCCGGCGACGCACAAGAUGGCGCCCUGGGUCAAGCACGUCUUCCUGAAGGUCCUGCCCCCCGUUCUCCUCAUGAAACGGCCCCAAGACGAUGAUGACGAUGACGAUGCCAGUGCCAUGGGCUUCGAUGCCACGCCGUCCGCCGACAACCGAGCUCCGCCGUCUCCUCCGCCGCCGCCGCCACCGCCACCACCGCCGCUACAGGAACUGACACUAUGCGCGUACCACUCUGCCGAGCCGCCAGAGAGCGGCGGUGACGACGCCUCUCCUCGGGCGUUGCCUUCGCCUCCCGAUGGCGGCGCCGACCCGGGAUCCCUGCUCGACCAGGACCUGGCCAGACCCGUGUUCAACGUGCGCUUCAUCGCGCAGCACAUGGAGAAUGCCGACCACUUUGAUCAGGUCAUAGAAGACUGGCGUUACGUGGCCAUGGUCCUGGACCGACUAUUCCUGCUGCUGUUCACGUUCACGUGCGUCGUGGGAUCAGCCUGCAUCAUCCUUGAGGCGCCCUCGCUGUUCGACGACAAGCUCCCUAUUGACAUCCUCAUGUCCAAGGUGGCUCCGCGACUGCGGCGCAUCCACGACUGAGCCUGCCGAUAUCGGUCGGCCGAAGACGCUUGCUCCACCAGAAGCCCUUCCCGACUUGUCUUGACCAGAGGUACCCUCGCUUCACGCUCGCCUUGCGAGCUGGACAUCGUCAGCCCAAUCCUCGACCUGCUGAAAGAGGACUGUGACACGAGUGAUGAGAGAGUGCGUGGCUGUGAAAGAGAGACUUGAGACUUUACUGUUUGUAGUGAGCAGAGUCAAAACGGGGCACAACUGUGGCCGAAAAAAAAAAAUGAAGAGAACACACUCGAAGUGAGGCGAUACAGUCUAGAUAUUUUGUACGUUCGCCCGCUUCGUAACGCGAGCCCUAGACGAACAAAAAAAAUAUUUUGCCGGGGAGCCUUUCUCCCCUGUCUUUCGCUUUUAUUUUUCAAGGUUCUUAACGCUCUUUCAACGCGGAGUUACACAAAAUGGUAACGCGGUCUUCGAAUAGCGCCGUCGUCCGCCUCGCGUCGUCUUCGUUUUCGCUUGAGCCCUCCCUUUCACACCCUAUGCUCACCUAACAAUGUCGCUAACUUCCACUCCUAAUUUCCUAAUCUAUCCUCGUUUACUGGUUUAGUUUAUGAGUGCGCGAGUUGGCGGGUUGGUACCGACUUUGCUUUCAGAUUCGUUCUUUUUUUUUGUUAAUUGUGCUCAGCCUGAUGCUGCCUGUAGGUACGACGAGUCUGGAAAGUGACACCUGCUGAGUGUACUGUUUUCCCAGAUGCCACUUCCAUCUGCCAUGCACUCGAGACAAGCACGACGCAUUUCCGAGUCUUCAGCCUGGAAACCAUUUAUUGCUCGAGUGAAAGUUGUAAGUGCUUGUAGUAAGCUUGAUGUGUGUUACUGUUGGCCGCCCCGCUUUUUUUUUUCUUUUCCCCCAGUACCCGCUGUUUUCUUUUUUGUUUUUGUCAGCGGAGUCGCCUUGUUGUUACGCGUAGGAACGUGCGCCCGUGGGGGCCGAGAUUUCGCUGGACUCGCGCUGAACGCUGGUCGCCGAUUUAAGGUAAUUUAUUUAAUAAUUUAUUUUAAAAUGCCCCUGAAGGCCCUCUUCCGAGGGUAUUACAUAAAGGGGGGAGGGGGGAUCAGGUAAUAGACAAAUACAAAUAAAUUCGCUGGCAAGGCCGCACAAUGAAAUGAAAGCUCCAAUUCGUCUGACUGGGAGAUUUUUUUCAUCGCCGUUAGAGUGGUGUCCGUUGAAGUCCUAAAGCUACGAAAUCAAUGAAUGCCGUACAUCAUAAUAAGUACACAGUGCUUGAAAGUAGUAAAUUAUUAUUAUUAUUAUUAUUAUUAUUAUUAUUAUUAUUAUUAUUAUUAUUAUUAUUAUUAUUAUUAUUAUUAUUAUUAUUAUUAUUAUUAUUAUUAUUAUUUGGUUUGUACAAAUAUACACACAAGGACACGAAGAAAAUAGGGAGGGAGCAAGCUGACAACUGCCACCGAGAGGGCAGUUGCCACCGAGAGGCGAAAUCGGAAAUAAAGCACGCCAAGCUCAAAUCCUUGGGUGCUUUAGUCUGAAGUUUGUCGCGUGUCUCUACUUGAAAACUUUGUCAAAAUUCAUCAGAAUCAAACGAAAAGCUAGGAACACAAGGUUUUCUUUUGGCUUAUUACCAGCAGAACUAGUCCCAAGAAGCCUCUGUGGAAGGAUAUCAUUCUAUUACAGAAGAUAGGAUAGGCCAAAACACUAUAACGGCGCAUCAGCGACCUAGUGACCCGUGUGUGAUACAGAAGGACAGUUGGACAGUUGCAGAAGACGGAGAAAGAGAGCACAUAAUAGGACAAUUCAUAGGUAACACAACAAAGUACAAGCUAGCUUGUUAAGGCGGGACACUUCGUAUUACUUGAGUUCUUGGACUAGCAAAAUGACAGUACAAUGAAUUGGGCAUUGAUGUGCCACACGUUCGAAAAUUGUUAGCGCCUAGCCAACUAGACGGUGUUAUGUACUUGAUGACAAGCACGUACGCUGUGGAAGAGACAUGCGGUGGUCUCAGCAGUUGCUCCAGUGGUCAGCGCUGGUAUGCCCGCAAUGCUUCAACGGCGGCGUGUGACGCGCGAUUUCGGCGAGCUCUCUUCCUCCCCGAAGCAUGGCGCCGGUGCGAAAACGUUCAGCCUGUGCUUAGCCCAGUGGAUUGUUGCAUCGUAGCAUUCCGGGAUAAGGCUUUGCUUCCGGUUUAACCUGUGUCGGUGAAUGCGAGCUUGUGGCAAAAACGCAAGCCAGGGAUAGUUGUCUUCGAGAACUAUUUCUGUAGCGUUGUUUCCUAAUAAAGUGCGUCGCCGUGCUGC